AUGCCCUGUCUCCGUGUCCAACUUCCGUCACUUCCGUCACUUCCGUUAGCUUUUGCCGCCACCCCGAUGGCACCCUUCACAACCUUUGUCCGCGGCGCAUUGGCCCUAGCAGAUGGGCCCGAUCCAAUAAAUGGCCCUGGGGAUUAUGGGGCAGCCGGCGCCCUUGUCGACUGGUCAGUGCCAGGUGGUGGUGGUGGUGGUGGUGCUGCUGCUGCUGCUGCUGCUGGCGACUGA